UCUCUUUCUUCCGUACUUUGUUAUUGGAAUAUCAAAAUGGGUCGCCGUCCCGCUCGCUGCUACAGAUACUGUAAGAACAAGCCUUACCCCAAGAGCAGAUACUGCCGUGGUGUCCCCGAUGCCAAGCUCAGAAUCUACGACUUGGGUCGCAAGAAGGCACACGUCGACGACUUCCCCCUCUGCAUUCACUUGGUUUCCAACGAGUACGAGCAGUUGUCUGCUGAAGCUCUCGAAGCUGGUCGUAUUUGCUGCAACAAGUACAUGGCCAAGACCUCCGGAAAGGAUUCCUUCCACAUGCGCAUUCGUGUCCACCCUUACCACGUAACCCGUAUCAACAAGAUGUUGUCCUGUGCCGGUGCCGAUAGAUUGCAAACCGGUAUGCGUGGUGCUUUCGGUAAGCCCAACGGUCUCGUUGCCCGUGUCAACAUUGGCCAGAUCAUUUUCUCUGUCCGCUCCAAGGACAGCAUGAAGCCCGUUGUCAUCGAGGCCUUGAGACGUUGCAAGUACAAGUUCCCUGGUCAGCAGAAGAUCAUCAUCUCCAAGAAGUGGGGUUUCACUCCUCUCUCCCGCGCUGACUACGUCGAGGCCCGUGCCGCUGGCAAGUUCAGACCUGAUGGUUGCUACGUCAAGUUCUUGCCCAACAAGGGUACUCUCGAGAACUACUUCCGUGAAGUCAGCAGAUCUUAAAUGCUCUCUUCAUUAACAUAAAAGUAGUGGACAGAACAAUAAAAUAAGCAAAUCUUCCUUUGGUUGUAAUUUCAUGUAUAUUUCUUUUUAUUUUAUUUUAUUUGAUGAACAAAAUGGACAAGAAUAUUUUGAUGAAGUC